AUGGCUUCCGACGCCGCCAGAGGCAAAACCGCGCUCGAUAAAGGCGACUACCCCGCUGCAGUCACCCACCUUACGGCCGCCCUCAAGAGCUCCCAAUCACCACUUUGGUUGAUCCAGCGAUCUACAGCCUAUCAACGCAUCAAGGAAUAUGAUCUCGCACUGGCAGAUGCAGAUAAUGCAGUUCUCGCUGCGGUCUCGCGAUCCAGGCGUGAACUGAUCGGCACCUCGCAGUUCCGCCGAGCCGUCGCACUCCAUGGUCUAGGACGCUUCGGGGAUGCAAGGCUGUGUCUGAAUUGGUGCAAUAAGUAUAAUGAGAAGGAGAAAGGACUCACAAUUUGGCUAGCGAAGAUAAAGCAGGAUUAUGAGGACGCUGGGGGUGAUGAUGCGGAAUGUAACAAAACAACCGUGAAGGAGAUCCCGGACAAGGUCGAACAAGUCAAUACUGGUGAGCAGAACAAGGGCGUUAAGGAGAACAAGGACAGUGUUGCGAAGCAGGCCAAAGCUCCUGCUCCUGCAGUAGCAGCGACACAGACCCGGACCCAAACAGCAAAGGAUAUUAGACAUGAGUGGUAUCAGUCGACCAGUGCUGUUACGAUUGAGAUCCUGGCGAAAGGGCUUCCUAAGGAAUCGGUUGAGGUUACUUUCGAGGAAGGAUCUCUCGAUGUCAACUUUCCGCUUCUCGCGCCAGGCUCCACCUACAACUUUUCCUUAAACCCCCUAUUCUCCAGAAUCGACCCCGCCAAAUCCUCCUUCAGAGUUACGCCCCAUAAGGUGGAAAUUGUCCUUCAGAAAUCUACUCCCGGUCCAAAGUGGUCGUCACUUGAAGGCACAGAAAACAUCCAAUCCACACCUUCAACCGACAAGACUCCUGCCGCAGCUACCAAACCCCAAACCGAAACUACCACUGCACCCGCAUACCCAACAUCCUCUCGCACGGGACCUAAGAAUUGGGAGAAAGUCCUAGGCGACGAAAAGGAUGAUGAGAUCGAGGAAGAUGAUGAGGUCAACGGUUUUUUCAAGAAGCUAUACAAAGAUGCGGACCCCGAUACGCGCAGAGCUAUGGUCAAGAGCUUCCAGGAGAGCAAUGGAACGUCCUUGAGUACUUCCUGGGGCGACGUUGGAAGCCGUACUUUUGAGACUAAGCCUCCUGAGGGGCUGGAGGCGAAGAAGUGGGAGAGCUGA